AUGGCAACCACAAUUUGUUUCCUCAUUGGGGUGUUGUUCAUAACAGACACUGUGUGGACUCAAAGCAUGAGACAGGCCUAUGAGGUACAAGAGCUAGAGGACUGGACUGUGGAUGACUUUGAUUGCCCCAUGGAAUGUUUCUGUCCACCUAGUUUCCCUACUGCUUUAUACUGUGAAAAUCGAGGUCUCAAAGAAAUUCCUGCAAUCCCUUCAAGGAUCAGGUACCUCUACCUUGAAAACAACCUGAUAGAAACCAUCCCUGAGAAGCCUUUUGAGAAUGCCACCCAACUGAGAUGGAUAAACUUGAACAAAAACAAAAUAACCAACUAUGGAAUAGAAAAGGGGGCCCUGAGCCAGCUGAAGAAGCUGCUUUUCUUAUUUCUGGAAGAUAAUGAACUAGAGGAGGUACCUUCUCCUCUACCAAGGAGUUUAGAACAGUUACAACUAGCUAGAAACAAGGUAUCCAGAAUUCCUCAAGGGACCUUCAGCAAUCUAGAAAACCUGACCCUUCUAGAUCUACAGCACAAUAAACUAUUUGACAAUGCCUUUCAAAGAGAUACCUUCAAGGGACUUAAGAACCUCAUGCAGCUGAAUAUGGCCAAGAAUGCCCUGAGGAACAUGCCUCCAAGGUUACCAGCCAACACCAUGCAGCUGUUUCUGGACAACAAUUCCAUUGAAGGAAUUCCAGAGAAUUAUUUCAAUGUGAUCCCCAAAGUGGCCUUCCUGAGACUCAACCACAAUAAACUAUCAGAUGCAGGUCUCCCAUCAAGUGGCUUCGAUGUAACAUCUAUUUUAGAUCUUCAACUGUCUUACAAUCGACUCACGAAGUUUCCCAGAAUCAAUGCUCACUUGCAACACCUUCACCUGGAUCACAACAAAAUUAAAAGUGUGAACGUCUCUGUAAUAUGCCCUACCAUACUGCGUGCAGAUCAAGAUGCCUUCAUUUAUGGACCUCAACUGAGCUACCUUCGUCUGGAUGGAAAUGAAAUCAAAUCACCAAUCCCAAUGGACUUCAUGGCAUGCUUCAAGCUUCUUCAAGCUGUCAUCAUUUAA